AUGAAGCCCUCUACUCUGACCGGCGUCUCUGCCGCCAUCACCGGAGCCGUUGCCGUCUCUCGCAACUCUUCGACCACCUCUCCAGUUGCCUGCGGUCCCAACAACUGCACCGACACUCCUCACUUCUCUGAACACGACAAGAAGGAGAUCUUCUCUCUCUUCCAUGGUCAGGACCAGCUCAUGGUCAGCCUCGGCAACACUGGCAGCUGUGACACCGCGACUUUCGGUGCCGAAGAACGUCUGUUCUACAACGCCUGUUACGCAUACCCUCAGAUCAUCAGCACCCGUGCCAGACACAUUCGCGAUGACGACCUCAAGGAUCUCGACGAUACUUGCGUUCUGGCUGCUUUCGACGAGUCUGACUGCACUGGAGACGGCACCAUCAUUGCCGAGCUUGAAUCAGUUGAUGACGCCCACGAUCCAGACGACAACACAGCCCUCUGUGUCUACGACAACCAGGUCAUUGACGACAAUGACGACGAGUUCGAGGCUCUCAAGUGGGUCUGUGGUCCUGGCAUCGACAAGGACUGGGAAAACCCUCGCAACGUCAGCAUCCACUAUCCCGACCCAGACUCCGACGACGACGGCAGCCAGUUGAUCUUCGCCAGAUCAGUUGACGCUGAACUCUCUCGUGACCACGUCACUGUCGCUCCUGCCGACGGUCCCAACUGCAACAGCGCUCAGCACCGCGACACCGACACCAAAGUCCACGGUCACUGCCACUCCUUUGACAAGCCUUUCUCCUCGCUCUCAGCCACCAUCAAGCGUGCAGGCCACAGCAAAGUCGGAGGCUCUGAGCCAUGCUCUGUUCUCGUCUUCAGCGACAUGGACUGCAAGAAGGACGGCGCUGAAGUCGUCGACCUCAACGACACCGGCGCUCUUGGUGUUUGCCACAAUGUCGCUCUUCACCACGGCGACGGCCUUGGUACUCCCAUCGCUGGCCACUCUUGGAAGUGGGUCUGUGGUCGCCAGGACAUCGACGACUGCAUCGGCGGCUCCGGCACUGAUACCGACAUCGAGACCGACAUCGAGACCACCGCUGCCAAGAAGGGCAAGACCCUCACUGUCACCGCUACUACCAGCUUGGCUUGCUCUCUGACCACUGAGGCCGCCCACUCUCUCGACGUCAUCACCAGCGUCGUCACUCAGAAGCCCGUUACUCACACCAUCACCAGCGUCUUCACCAAGACUCAGCUUCGUGUUCGCACUAAGCUCAUCACCAGUGUUGCCACCACUGUCUCCACUGUUCGUCACACUGUGACCAAGCCUUUCAGCACCACCUACAAGGUCUGUGACCUCAAUGCAUCUGCUCAGUCUUGA